AUGCAGUGCUCCUUUCCCACCACCCAGGCAGUGGUCAAUUCCAUGCGUCAACAGGUCCUUACUGUUGAGGAUCGCAAGCUCAUCUUGGACAGGCAAGGCGCCCUGUGGGCAGAUGAUGAAAUUGCGUGGCACUUAGCCAACAUCCAGCGGCUCUGUGCACCAUGCCUUGAGCUCACCGUGAUUGACCCCCUGUUGGUCUUUGGUUGGGUUCAUGUUGGGUUUGACAAUUUCCAUGAUUGGCUUCGGCAACAUUGCCCAAAACCGUGUAGCAUUGCCACUGUAGUGUAUGCCAACCAACAUUGGAUCCCAGUCUUUUUGAAGCCUAUGAAUGGAACCUUGUUUGCUCACACGUGGGAUUCCCAACAAGCAGACCAUGGAUGUUUGGAUGCCCUCUUUGCCCACCUGGCAGGUCACUUUGGCUUGCGUGAUCACCAACACAUCCGCCUUGUCCGUAUGUUUGACAUGGAUGAGGGGUGUGGUGCUAUGGCCAUUGCAUUCCUGGCCCACACGGCAUUGAAUCGCAUGCUCCCCAACACCCCAUAUGAAGUUGAACAAGAGUUGGCUGCCUUUCUCAUUCAACAAGGUGUUCCCGUUGAGCAAUCAGCCAAUCGAGCCAAGUCUGCUCUACAGGCCAUUGGUGCUGCACCCAUUGCAGAAGCACUGCAGUCGCGCAUUCCUUGGAAGCAAUUGAAAACUUUGGGGAACCAAGUCAAGUACCAGUUCCUGUUGCCCAGUGAGUUGAAAGCCAAAAUUGCAGGUGUUGCUGGCAAGACAGCCAUUGGACGCCCCAAAGGAGGCAAGAAAAGCAAACGGGUCCCACAGGAAGAGGCGGCAGUGAUAAAUGAGUACUUGGCUUGGGGUGAUGUUUGGUCAAUUGCCGAGACCCACUUAUCCACUAGGUCAGUGCCAACAGGUUGGGACCCUGACAUUGCCAGAUCAGGGCGUGCCAUGGUGAGUGCAGGCCAAGAAACUGCCCAAUACCGCCAGAUGUGGGCUGUGAUUGAGGAAACAGCCUCUCGUGCGAGCCCUGUGCCAAUUGACAAAGCAUCCAGAGGCCGAGCUCAGACAUUGAAACCACGGAAAGUUGUGGGACAUGCCCAUGCUCCUCUCCGGGCCCCAAGAGCUGGUGAUGUGCAGCCUUCCUACUUUGGAAUUUCCCUGAAACAUGCUCAUUGGUAUCGACAGGUGAGACGCCUGCAGGCUUUUGUCAGGUUUGUGAAGGUUAGGAGACCCACAGCUGACCCGUCCCAUGCGGGCUCCACUUGGGGUGCCAUUAAACGUGCCAAGGGUUUUGAACCAAGUUUUGCAGACUGGUGGAGACACAGCACCACUCGUGUCCAUGGAGCCCCUGCUGAGCUUCCUGAGCAUCCACCUGACCAUGGUGUUGCCCAAACCAUCUAUGAUACCUGCCUACUGGCCUUGCGCAAACUUGAACUUGAUUUGAGGCGAUCGAGCCGGGCCCAUGCCAAAGCACGACGUCUGGCUAACCCCCAGCUCAUUUUCCAGGACAUUCGUGUUCCUGGCCCUGAAAGCCUUGAUUUGCUGAUUUGCCCAACCCAGGCGAAGGUCAUUCAUGUAGAUGCUGACAUGGGUUGCAUCCAAGUUGAUGCGUCUCGAGCGUGGGACUUGACCCACCCAGUAUAUGUUGAUGGUCAUCCUUAUGAUGUGGUACACCAUGAAGAGGAUUGGCUCUGGCUGGACCCGAUGAAUCAACUGUCCAUUGGGAAUGUUUGCACACAGGUGAAAUUCACUGGUGCUUUGGAAGACCUUUUUGCUGAAUUCCAAACCACCUGGUCCAAACGUUGGGACCGCCAUAAGCAUGUCCCAGAGUCUCAAUGGAAUGACAUCUUCCAGUUUGCCCAGAAGUUUGCACGACCCAUCCAGUGUGUCUCAGGUCCGAUGACUGAAGCUGAUGUACGCGCUGAACUGCGACGUAAGAAGACCCGCACUGCCAAAGGUCUUGAUGGGGUUAGUUUGGCUGAUUUGAAGCAUAUGCCCUCUGGGGUCAUCCAAAGCUAUUGCCGCUUCUUUGAACAUGCUGAACUUUGUGGUUGUUGGCCCCGUCAACUUGCUGUAGGUCAUGUCUGGUCCAGCAUCCUGCUUGCCAUCGAAGAGGCCAACGAAUGUGCCAUCCCCCAAGCGGGAGUUGUCUGCGACAUUGAGAAGGCAUUUAAUUGCCUUAGCCGCACUGUUGUGUUUGCAAUUGCCACCCUCUUGCAGAUGCCAAUGAAUGUGCUGACAGGGUGGGCAGGUAUGCUUACUCAGGUCUCCAGCAUUGCGGAUUGGCAGGGCCCUUGGAUGCAAAGUCCGCCUCUGGUGUGA